AAAUAAUCCGCUCCGGCGCACUGCCUGCUUCGGCUAGGGGAGGAAAACUGUCAUCGGAGAGGUCUGCGUCCGGGUUUGAAAUUUACAUCUUAAGGCAGUAUAGGAAGUGGAUGUUUUGAAAGUAGCACAAGUGCACCCGUAGGGGUUUGAAGCAGCCUCAAGUUGUUGCCCAAGGAAAAAUAUUGUUUGUGACCAUUGCUAAAUCAAUUAUCAAUGAAAGGAAAGAAAGAAAAGAGUAAACCAUAUAAGAAGAAAUGAGCUUUUCAUUCUGUGGUAACAACAUCUCUGCAUAUGAUAUCUACGGUGGUGUGUUAGAAAACCCCUGCUUUGUGGAUGCACUCAACCUGGUCCCUCAUGUCUUUCUGUUGUUCAUCACUUUUCCAAUAUUGUUUAUUGGAUGGGGGAGCCAAAGCUCAAAAGUACAAAUUCACCACAACACAUGGCUUCAUUUUCCUGGACAUAACCUGAGAUGGAUCCUUACCUUUGCUCUCCUAUUUGUGCAUGUCUGUGAAAUAGCAGAAGGCAUUGUUUCAGACUCACGGCGGGAGUCCCGGCAUCUCCACCUCUUCAUGCCGGCUGUGAUGGGAUUCGUUGCCACUACAACAUCGAUAGUAUAUUAUCAUAAUAUUGAAACAUCAAAUUUUCCUAAAUUACUUUUAGCCUUAUUCCUGUACUGGGUAAUGGCCUUUAUUACAAAAACAAUAAAGUUGGUGAAGGACUGGCAGUCUGGCUGGGGCAUAUCAGACCUGCGUUUCUGCAUCACAGGCAUGAUGGUCAUCUUGAAUGGGCUCUUGAUGGCUGUGGAGAUCAACGUCAUUCGAGUCAGAAGAUAUGUAUUCUUCACGACUCCUCAAAAAGUAAAGCCUCCUGAAGACCUCCAGGAUCUGGGAGUGAGAUUUCUUCAACCCUUUGUGAAUUUACUGUCAAAAGCAACAUACUGGUGGAUGAACACACUUAUCAUAUCUGCUCAUAAAAAGCCUAUUGAUCUGAAGGCGAUUGGAAAGUUGCCAAUAGCAAUGAGGGCGGUAACAAAUUAUGUGUGCCUGAAAGAUGCAUAUGAAGAACAAAAGAAAAAAGUAGCUGAUCAUCCAAAUCGGACUCCGUCUAUAUGGCUUGCAAUGUACAGUGCUUUUGGGCGACCAAUUCUACUUAGUAGCACAUUCCGUUAUCUGGCUGACUUACUGGGUUUUGCUGGACCUCUCUGUAUUUCUGGAAUAGUUCAGCGUGUGAAUGAAACCCAGAAUGGGACAAAUAACACAACUGGAAUUUCAGCGACCCUCUCAUCAAAGGAAUUUCUUGAAAAUGCUUAUGUUCUAGCAGUUCUUCUCUUCUUGGCUCUCAUUCUGCAAAGAACAUUUUUGCAGGCUUCCUACUAUGUAACUAUAGAGACUGGUAUUAACCUCCGUGGAGCUCUGCUGGCCAUGAUAUACAAUAAAAUCCUUAGGCUUUCUACAUCUAACUUAUCCAUGGGUGAGAUGACCCUGGGACAGAUCAACAACUUGGUCGCCAUUGAAACCAAUCAACUCAUGUGGUUUUUGUUCCUGUGUCCCAAUCUAUGGGCUAUGCCUGUUCAGAUCAUAAUGGGAGUGAUUCUGCUCUAUAAUUUACUUGGAUUAAGCGCAUUGGUUGGUGCAGCUGUCAUUGUGCUCCUUGCGCCAAUUCAGUAUUUCAUUGCUACAAAGUUGGCAGAGGCUCAGAAGAGCACACUUGAUUAUUCCACUGAGAGACUGAAGAAAACAAAUGAAAUAUUGAAAGGCAUCAAACUUCUAAAGUUGUAUGCCUGGGAGCACAUUUUCUGCAAAAGUGUGGAGGAAACAAGAAUGAAAGAACUGUCUAGUCUCAAAACCUUUGCACUUUAUACAUCACUCUCCAUCUUCAUGAAUGCAGCAAUUCCCAUAGCAGCUGUUCUUGCUACGUUUGUGACUCAUGCGUAUACCAGCAAGAACAAUCUGAAACCUGCGGAGGCCUUUGCUUCGCUGUCUCUCUUCCACAUCCUGGUCACCCCCCUCUUCCUGCUCUCCACAGUGGUCAGAUUUGCAGUCAAAGCCAUCAUAAGUGUUCAAAAGCUGAAUGAGUUUCUCUUGAGUGACGAGAUUGGUGAUGACAGCUGGAGAACUGGUGAAGGUUCUCUCCCUUUUGAGUCCUGCAAGAAACACACUGGAGUUCCGAAAACUAUAAACAGGAAGCAGCCUGGAAGAUAUCACCUGGACAGCUAUGAGCAAUCAACACGACGUCUACGCCCCGCGGAGACAGAGGAUAUUGCAAUAAAGGUCACAAAUGGAUACUUUUCAUGGGGCAGUGGUUUAGCGACAUUAUCCAAUAUAGAUAUUCGAAUUCCAACAGGUCAGUUAACCAUGAUUGUGGGACAAGUGGGAUGUGGAAAGUCCUCUCUCCUCCUUGCCAUCCUCGGUGAGAUGCAGACACUGGAAGGGAAAGUUCACUGGAGCAAUGUAAAUGAAUCUGAGCCUUCUUUUGAAGCAACCAGAAGUAGGAGCAGGUAUUCUGUGGCUUAUGCAGCUCAAAAGCCUUGGCUAUUAAAUGCUACGGUAGAAGAAAAUAUUACCUUUGGAAGUCCUUUCAACAAACAAAGGUACAAAGCUGUCACAGAUGCCUGUUCUCUUCAGCCAGAUAUUGACUUAUUACCAUUUGGAGACCAAACUGAAAUUGGAGAGAGGGGAAUCAACCUGAGUGGGGGCCAGAGGCAGAGAAUCUGUGUGGCACGAGCUCUUUAUCAAAACACCAACAUCGUCUUCUUGGAUGAUCCAUUCUCUGCCCUGGACAUUCAUUUGAGUGAUCACUUAAUGCAGGAAGGGAUUUUGAAAUUUCUCCAAGAUGACAAAAGGACUCUCGUUCUUGUGACUCACAAAUUACAGUAUCUGACACAUGCUGACUGGAUUAUAGCUAUGAAAGAUGGAAGUGUACUAAGAGAAGGGACUUUGAAGGACAUUCAAACCAAAGAUGUUGAGCUUUAUGAACACUGGAAAACACUUAUGAAUCGGCAAGAUCAAGAAUUAGAAAAGGACAUGGAAGCCGACCAGACAACUUUAGAGAGGAAAACUCUCCGAAGGGCCAUGUAUUCAAGAGAGGCCAAAGCCCAAAUGGAGGAUGAAGAUGAAGAGGAAGAAGAGGAAGAAGAUGAGGAUGAUAACAUGUCCACUGUAAUGAGGCUCAGGACUAAAAUGCCAUGGAAAACCUGUUGGCGGUACCUCACUUCUGGAGGAUUCAUCUUGCUCCUCCUGAUGAUUUUCUCUAAGCUUUUGAAGCAUUCAGUCAUCGUAGGUAUAGACUAUUGGCUGGCCACAUGGACGUCAGAGUACAGUAUAAACAGUACUGGAAAAACUGAUCAGACCUACUAUGUGGCUGGAUUUAGCAUCCUUUGUGGAGCAGGUAUUUUCCUUUGCCUGGUUACAUCUCUCACUGUAGAAUGGAUGGGUCUCACAGCUGCCAAAAAUCUUCACCACAACCUUCUCAAUAAGAUAAUUCUUGGACCAAUAAGGUUCUUUGAUACUACACCCCUAGGACUAAUUCUCAAUCGCUUUUCAGCUGAUACUAAUAUCAUUGAUCAGCACAUCCCUCCAACUUUGGAAUCUUUAACUCGCUCAACACUGCUCUGCCUGUCUGCCAUCGGGAUGAUUUCUUUUGCUACUCCUAUGUUCCUGGUUGCUCUUUUGCCCCUUGGGGUUGCCUUUUAUUUUAUCCAGAAAUACUUCCGAGUUGCCUCUAAGGACCUCCAAGAACUUGAUGACAGCACCCAGCUGCCUCUGCUUUGCCACUUCUCAGAAACAGCUGAGGGACUCACCACCAUUCGGGCCUUUAGGCAUGAAACCAGAUUUAAACAACGUAUGCUGGAACUGACGGACACAAACAACAUAGCCUACUUAUUUCUCUCAGCUGCCAACAGAUGGCUGGAGGUUAGGACGGAUUAUCUGGGAGCUUGCAUUGUCCUCACUGCAUCUAUUGCAUGCAUUAGUGGGUCUUCCAAUUCUGGAUUGGUGGGCUUGGGUCUUCUGUAUGCACUUACGAUAACCAAUUAUCUGAAUUGGGUUGUGAGGAACUUGGCUGACCUGGAGGUCCAGAUGGGUGCAGUGAAGAAAGUGAACAGUUUCUUGACUAUGGAGUCAGAGAACUAUGAAGGCACCAUGGAUCCUUCUCAAGUUCCAGAACAUUGGCCACAGGAAGGGGAGAUCAAGAUUCAUGAUCUGUGUGUCAGAUAUGAAAACAAUCUGAAACCUGUUCUUAAACAUGUCAAGGCUUACAUCAAACCUGGGCAAAAGGUGGGCAUAUGCGGUCGCACUGGCAGUGGGAAGUCGUCUCUAUCUCUGGCUUUCUUCAGAAUGGUUGAUAUAUUUGAUGGAAAGAUUGUCAUUGAUGGGAUAGACAUUUCUAAACUACCACUGCACACACUCCGUUCUAGACUUUCAAUCAUUCUGCAGGAUCCAAUCCUAUUCAGUGGUUCUAUUAGAUUUAAUUUAGAUCCAGAGUGCAAAUGCACAGAUGACAGACUCUGGGAGGCUCUAGAAAUUGCUCAGCUGAAGAACAUGGUCAAAUCUCUACCGGGAGGUCUAGAUGCAGUUGUCACUGAAGGUGGGGAGAAUUUUAGUGUUGGACAGAGACAGCUGUUUUGCCUUGCUAGAGCCUUUGUUCGCAAGAGCAGCAUUCUCAUUAUGGAUGAGGCGACAGCUUCCAUUGACAUGGCCACGGAAAACAUUUUGCAGAAAGUGGUAAUGACAGCCUUUGCUGACCGCACCGUUGUUACAAUAGCUCAUCGGGUUCACACUAUUCUGACGGCAGACCUGGUUAUUGUGAUGAAGCGAGGAAAUAUUUUAGAAUAUGACACUCCGGAAAGCCUCUUGGCUCGGGAAGAUGGAGUAUUCGCCUCUUUCGUUCGUGCAGACAUGUGAAGGGGUGUCUUAGAGUGAUGCAUGUGUUUAAAAUAAUGCAGUUGUAACCUAUUUAAUGGAUCAUCAGACUGACCUUCAUAAAGUGGCAUCUUAAACUUUUACACAUUUUGCACAAGAAAAGAAGUUGACAUUUCUUUUUCCUGCUUUUUAAACAGUUUUCUGAGAUAUUACUGCUUAAUGUGUUCAUUACUGGUGUUUUUAUAAUGAUCAAGCCACUCCUCUUUUAAGGAUAACAGGUUGUAUUAAAAUAUGUACGCUACUUUAAGAGGUAAAUCAACAGCUUAUGUUUUCUCAUAACUUUGGUAAAUAUCUCUCAGGCAUAGAAGUUGCAAUGAGUAGUCAGUAUUAUUAUCCUCCUAUUUGUAAGAAUAUAUUUUCUUUGUUGUUGGAACAGCAGAUGUUCCUGGAAGAGAAUUUUUAUUCUUUUGAAGGGCACGUUUUCUAAUGAAACAUUCAUGUUCUUUACCUGUUUUAGGAGAAUAUUUUUUAUAUUCAUUAACAUUAGUAGUAUUGAUGUCUUUAGCAGUCUCUUUUUUUUUUUCCUCUAAAUUGUUUCCUGUCACCAAGAAGUUAUCACAUUUAUAGUAGUUCUAUAAAGCCAAAGCCUUAACUAGAAAGAUCAUGAAAAGAGUAUGGAUAUUUGAAAAAUUAUUCUUAAGUUUCUAUGUUUUCCUAUUCAGUAAGGAGAGAAUUCUUAUAAUACCAGGCAUAAUGUGCCUUUUCCAGCCUGAAGUUCAAAGAGUGGUUAAGUUCAGUUUUUCAGUGGUAAGCCAGCUAAGCUUCCUCUAGUUUAACUCAUCAGUAGCUGUGGUUGUGAUUCUGAGCGCUUAAGUGCCACAAUAUUCAAGAUUUAAAGGAGCAUAGGGAAGUGGCCUUACUUGUCACAGAAUACACACACACAGACACACACAAACACACACACACACACACACACACCCCAUAUCUUAGCCAUACGUUAGGCAGGUGAACAUUCCUCUAAGGUGCCAGAUACUUCCUACAAAACAGUCCAAUGGUAGGGUGGAAAUAUCUCACACUUUGAAGUUAUACAUAUAACAAGUAUCUAUUUCUAGCUAGAAGAGUUUAUUUCAUCUAGAUAUUUAUGCCAAAUGGUGUCUCACACAUGCGUCCAUUUGCUGCUGCUAUAAUUUUAAUGUGCAUGUAAAAAGUAUACCAAAAAUGUUAUUCAAAUUUUGAUGUGCCUGGAAAGAGCAUAUCAAAAAUUGAUGGGAUAUUAGUGUUAUUUUUUGCUUAAAUGUAAAUUAAUAAAUUUAAAAGUACUAAAACUUACCUUCACUGUCAUGCUAACAACCACAGUUUCUACAAUUCUGUGCCCACCCAGUAUAAAUAUCAUUGAUUUGAUUUUCAUAUGAGGAUCUGCAUGCGUUGUAAUAUUUUGAAGACUUACAAUUGAUGGAUAAAGAGAAAUUAUGCUGCCUUCCUGCAGUUCCUGUGUUCCAUUUAUUGUAUGAUGUAUUCACUCUUGGAAAAUCUGUAAUACUUGUGUAUCCAGAAUAUGUAAUUUUUGUCUUCACCCAAAUAUAGAAUCCUAAUAUUUAUAAAAAAUAAAUUCCAUAAAGAUGGACAAAAGCAGUUCAUGUUAUUUGGCGUAAAUUGACACCCUUUGUUGUAUAUAUAAAAUUUCAUUGGAAGAAAAUAGCCUUAUUGUUUCUUGAAAGUUAAACAGAACAGAAUCAGUACCCAUUAAUUCGAUCUUGAAAAUGUUUUCUAAAAAUUGAACCAAUCUCCUAAGCUAUUGCUGGUGUAAAAAUGUUUUGUAGGGAUGAAUUUGCAUGAUGCUUCUUACUGAACUAUACCUCAUUCUCAGAGAAAUGGGUUUUUACCCAUGGAAAUAAUGUCCUAUGAUAUUUUUAAAUUAUACUGCUAUAUAGCCAACCUCAGUAGAAGCAUAUCUAAUCACACUAUACUGAGAAUCACAUUGCACCCACGUGGUUGCUGGUCCCCUCAUAACUUUUAGUUACGUGAGUUGAGUAAAUGUUUAAUUGUUUACAAAACUAAAUGGACUAACUAAAGUGAAGCAUAAUGUUUUUAAUUGAUUAAUCAUUUAUUUUGUUAUAUGUAUUAUCUAUUGAAUACGGAAAUGACUCAUGAUGAAAUAAUUUUUUACUGUAUAGGUACAUAUCUAUAAAGGACCAGUUUAACCAAAUGAAAUUUUACACUUAAUUAACCAAACCAAUUUGAGAAAUUUUAAUUCCUUAAUAUUUACAAAAAGCAAUAAAUGCAUAAAGCUUUAUGGUAAAAUAACAGGGCUACUGAUGUCACUGAGAGAGAAAAGAUAUUUCCCUUAAAGGAUUGUGCAUCCUCUAUUUUUAUUCUAUUAGUCAUGAUUUAUUUAAAAGUCUACUCAGUUGUAGAUUAGCUACCAGAAGACUUCUAAGCAACUGAUACCUGAGAUCUGGGACCAUCUCUUGUUUGUCUUUGUGCCCUGUUCCUAGCCCACAGUUGGCCCUAAUAAAUAUAGUUGACUGAGUCAUUGAUUAGUUUUGCCACUAGCCAUAUGCCUACAAUAAGGGUUAUUCUCUUCACUUUUCUGUGUUGUGUUUAUGCUACUAUUUAUUCUCUACAAUAUAUGAAAUAUGUUUAUUCUCUAUAAUAAAUAUGUUUAUCUCUAUAAUAUAUAAAAACAUACUGACUUAUCAUUAUGUAAUAAAUAACUCUUUUUGUUCGCUUAA